AUGCGGGUUUUUUACCUUGUCGCGCCCUUUUUGGGUGGUGCGCUGCCUGCCAUCACUGAUGGAGCCUCCGGACUCAUCGAGCCAGAGGCCACGGUUCAUGGCCCGCAUGAGCUCGAGCACGCGGCGGCCAGCAGACUUCUCAGGGCGCAAACAUCCGGCAGCGAAGUCCAGGAAGAUCGAGCUACGACCGGGAUUCGAGGAGUGGGCGGCGUUCUUUACGACAGUGCUGAACGCUUUGGCUUCAAACUGGAACACGCGUUCAUUGAUUUCAUGGCCCAGCUUGGGUAUGAUCGUACACAGCAUCUUGACAGUUUGACAAAAAGGGCACUGGUCGCGAGGUUCCGAAGCCUGGCUACUCAUUUUUCGUCAAACCCGACUGAGGAAGAAAAGCUCAACGAGAACGCCAAGGUUUUGGGCAUUCUUGAACAAGAGGAUGGCGAGUUUAUGACGGCAAUCGUGUUGUCGGUGUCCGAGAAGUUGCUGGGCGAUCAGUAUCUGGAAAGAGUGAAGGAGGUUCAACGACUACUGUUCGAUAAAUGGUUGGAGAAGACGAAAAAUCCGGAGACCAUCAGGACCGAACUUUACAGCGCUCCAAAAUUCAUGGCGGGGGCUGAUGAGGAGUUCGUGGACGCUAUUGUAGCCAACUACAAGUGCUACCAUGAGCAACAAACGGCAAAAGCUGCGUAA